AUGGAUCUUCAAGAGAUUCUUCAUGAUCGUCGAACUCCAAACGAUUUUGCGUACCUUUUGCAACGCAACCAAUUCCAACGCGCCAACUCGAGCUUGACUCUUGAAGAACUCGAAGUUCAAUCGCCAAUGGUCCGCCGCAAUUCGUGCCGAAUGUUGGGCGAUGAUUUGGUGAAGAAUGAGCGUCGUCGCAUUUUGAAUGCGAAACGCGAUACUCUUCAAAGACAACGUCGUAUCGAACAAAUCGAGGCGGAAAUCGAGAACAAAAUUCGCAACGAAUCGGUAAGUCAUAUCAAGAAUGAAUGAAAAUUCAUAAAUUCUGGUGGGUUUUCAGUUCGAAGCGGAUGCGGACUCGAUCAGCGAUGAUGAGACCAUCGAGCCUCGCACUGCUGCUGAAUGGAACCGUCGAAUCAAGAGUACCAUUGCAAAACGGAACAAUGAAUCGAUCGAAGUUGCAACUGUUGAAUACAGAUAUGAACCAAAUUGGGUUGAUAUGUAAGUUUUCAAAACUUUGAAACAUAUUCUAUUGCUUUCAAUGAACUUUCAGCGUCUGGGCAAUUUUCUGGUUCUGCUUGUUGAUUGGAAUCAUCGCAAUCUUUUGCUACAGAUUCAAAAAAGUUUUUGUUGCCAUCUUCGAUGUGAUCGCCGGAUUUUCUGUCUACGUCUACACCGUUCUCUCGCAACAAAUCUACAUCGGAUUUCAAAAAAUCGGAGAAGCCAUUGAUCGUCAAACAGCUGCAAAUGCUAACAACACAAACAUCAAUUAA